GAUAGGCAGUAACCAACUCUUCCAACGGCUCCAAUCCCCAAUUCAAAUUCAAAUUUCACCCCCUUCCCAAAUUCUCUCUCCUCCACAUUAGUCAUUAACAAUGGCGAAUCCAACCACAUUCCUCAACACUCCCACAAAAACCCCCUCAAAAACAUCAUCUUCAUCUUCUCAAUCCUCAAAAAGACAGCACCAUCAAAUCACCCAAAACCCUAACCCUAAUCCUAACUCUUCCAUGUCAUCACACAAUGAGUUCAAAUCAAGAUUUGAAGCUUACAAUCGGUUACAAGCCGCUGCAGUUGCUUUCGGUGAAAAGCUUCCGAUACCUGAGAUUGUUGCCAUUGGUGGACAAUCUGAUGGAAAGAGUUCUCUCCUUGAAGCUCUUCUUGGGUUUCGAUUUAAUGUUCGAGAAGUUGAAAUGGGAACUCGAAGACCUUUGAUUUUACAAAUGGUUCAUGAUUCUUCCGCUUUCGAGCCACGAUGCCGAUUUCAAGAUGAGGAUUCUGAAGAGUAUGGGAGCCCAAUUACGCUGGCAUCUAGUAUUGCGGAUACGAUAAAGUCACGUACUGAGACGCUUCUCAAGAAGACUAAUACAGCAGUUUCUUCCCAGCCGAUUGUUAUGAGAGCUGAAUAUGCUUACUGUCCAAAUUUGACAAUUAUUGAUACCCCAGGUUUCGUUCUUAAGGCUAAAAAGGGAGAGCCAGAGAGCACACCUGAUGAAAUUUUAUCGAUGGUGAAGUCAUUAGCAAGCCCACCCCAUCGAAUUCUUUUGUUCCUUCAGCAAAGUAGUGUUGAAUGGUGCUCCUCCUUGUGGCUGGAUGCUAUCCGCGACAUUGAUCCAACAUUCAGGCGUACAAUAAUUGUGGUCUCAAAAUUUGAUAAUCGGCUGAAGGAAUUUAGUGACCGUUGGGAAGUUGAUCGCUAUCUAAGUGCAAGUGGUUACCUAGGAGAAAAUAUUCGGCCCUUUUAUGUCGCCCUUCCUAAGGAAAGAAAUACAAUAUCUAAUGAAGAGUUCCGUCGCCAAAUAUCUCAAGUGGACUCAGAAGUUCUGCGCCAUCUGCGUGAAGGUGUUAAGGGAGGUUUUGAUGAAGAAAAGUUCCGCCCCUUUAUUGGUUUUAACUCUGUUAAGGAAUUCUUGGAGUCUGAGCUUCAGAAACGAUACAAGGAAGCUGCCCCAGCAACAUUAGCAUUGCUUGAGCAGCGUUGCAGUGAAGUUACUUAUGAGUUGGCUAAAAUGGAUACGAAGAUACAGGCAACUUCUGAUGUUGCUCAUCUCCGGAGAUCAGCAAUGCUACACACAGCUUCUAUAAGCAGUCAUGUGGGGUCAUUGAUUGAUGGAGCAGCUGAUCCACCUCCAGAGCAAUGGGGAAAAACAACUGACGAGGAGCGAUUGCACAGUGGUAUUGGGGGCUGGCCUGGUGUUACUGCAGAUAUUAAACCCCCGAAUUCUACCCUGCGGCUCUAUGGAGGGGCUGCUUUUGAAAGAGUCAUGCAUGAAAUUCGUUGUGCUGCAUAUUCCAUUGAUUGUCCUCAAGUAUCUAGAGAAAAGGUGGCUAAUAUUUUACUUGCCCAUGCUGGUCGUGGCGGAAGUAGAGGAAUUACAGAGGCAGCUGCUGAGAUUGCACGGACUGCUGCUAGAUCUUUUCUUGCACCUCUGCUUGAUACUGCUUGUGAUCGACUUGCAUUUGUUUUGGUGAAUCUUUUUGACCUUGCGAAUGAGCGGAAUCAUUGCCAGAACUCAGACUAUGGGAAGAAAACAGGAGACAUGGAUGGCUACGUUGGCUUCCAUGCUGCUUUGAGAUGUUCAUUCGAUAGGUUCAUUAAAGACCUUGCAAAACAGUGUAAACAACUAGUUAGGCACCACCUUGAUUCAGUUACAAGUCCAUAUUCUCUUGCCUGCUAUGAAAGUGAUGUCCAUGGUGGCUUUAUAACUUCUCUUUACAGACAAGUUUCUCCUGCAUCACUUUGUCCUGAUCUGUCAGAUGGUACUCGAGCUUUGCAACACGAAGCAAUGUCAAAUCAAGAGAACAUACCUCCAGAAAAGAAUGCUCGUGAAACAACACCAGGUAAAGGUCCAGAAGGAAGAGAAGCCCUUCGCGAAAGUCAGAUGACAGUGCCUGAAACCCCAUCCCCUGAUCAGCCAGGUGACUUAGUUUACGGUUUGGUAAAGAAAGAGGCAGGAAAUUGCAUUGAAGUUGGAGCGAGGAAAAGACAUCCUAGAAUAUUGGGUAACAGUAGACAUAGCGCCAAUCUUUUCUUUGGAGGCGGGGAUACUGGUUCAAGAUCAGGUUCUGCCUAUGCUGACAUUUGCUCAUCAGCUGCUUUACAUUUCGCUCGGAUACGUGAAGUUCUUGUUGAGAAAAGCGUUACAACAGCACUAAAUUCUGGAUUUUUAACUCCCUGUCGAGAAAGGCUUAUGGUAUCAAUUGGUAUAGAUUUGUUUGCCGUAAAUGAUGAAAAAUUCAUGGAGAUGUUUGUUGCACCCGGGGCAAUUGAUGUCCUUCAAAAUGAAAUGCAAUCUCUUCAAAAGCGGCAAAAGGUUCUCCAAUGUUGCUUGAAUGAGUUCAAGAGUGUUGCUAGGACACUGUGAUUGAGCAUCAUACUGCUCUUGUGAUAAGCUCCAGGAUCGCCCUUCGAAAACAGUUGAAGUUUUCGAUGUCAGCAGCCGAAGUUAACUGGCAUUUUCAUCACAAGUGUAUGCUAAUGUUUGUUGCACUGUUUGUAAAAUUUCAAGCCACUGCUCUAUGGCUGUCACUCAAUGUAUUCAGUUGAAUUACAGCCGGUAAGAGUUGAGUUUGUUCCUGUAUAGAAUGAGUAUCCCCAAGAGGCAUAUUAUUAUCUCAGAAAUGUGCAUCUUUUGCUGAUUCUUUGAAUCCAGGAGUUUAC